UUUGAGGAUGAAUUCAUGAGAUUCAAUGGCUAAACAAUUCCUAAAACCAUUUACAUGUUAAAGUUAGAGAUUGUAGGUAACAUUGCAUGGAUUCAAGAGAUUGACUGUAUAAACCACAUUGCAGCAAAGAAUGACACAAUAAUUAGAUCUUUCUUCAGUUUUCUGGUUCUCAUUUACAACUUGUUAGAUGUAUAUUUUGACCAAUAUUUACAUGAUUAAUCGUUGUGAUGCAAGAAUACUAUGACUAUUAUUAUCCAUGUUGCAAUUCUGUUUAUACAAGCUAGUCAACAACUUGUUAGAUUGGUUCGAGUAGAUCUAAAAGCACAUACAUUCUGGUCAGCAUUUAAAUAAUUAACCAAUGUGAGACUACUAACUUCAGAAAUAUAAAUUGAAUGAUACAUGAUAAUAUCGCAUGAAUUCGUUUGCUAUUCCUCAUCUACAACUUGUUAGAUAGGUUUGAUUCGAUUGAAAAACACAUGUUUUCAUAUUAGAAUUUACUAAAUUAACCAAUGUGAGACUAAUAACUAACGACAUAAAUCUGAAUUGGAUGAUAAUAGAUAACAAUGCAAGAGACAAUAGGCCAAGGAACAACAGCGGAAAUAUACCGAGGAAAUUGGCGUGGCCUUGAUGUCGCAGUUAAAUGGAUAAAUCCUCAGUACUUUGAACCAAAUGAAGGAGGCGAAGCUUGGUUUGCUCAAGAACUCGAGACACUCUCACGACAACGCCAUCCCUUUGUUUUAAGGUUCCUCGGUGCAUGUCUCCUCCCGCCGGAGAACGCAUGGGUUGUAACAGAGUUAUUAAGUGGGCAAACACUAGGAGAAUGGCUGCAUGGAUGUAAGAAAAGGCGAAAAGAGAGUUUAAAACCGUUGCCAUGCUUAAAAGAAAGGAUUGAGAAGGGUGUAGAGAUAGCUCAGGCAAUGCAAUAUCUUCAUGAACAGAAGCCCAGAGUAAUUCACAGGGAUUUGAAGCCUAGUAAUAUACUUUUGGAUGAGUCUAUGCAUGUAAGAGUUGCAGAUUUUGGGCAUGCUCGUUUUCUCAUUGAAGGACAGAAAGCUCUUACUGGUAGAAUGGGGACUUAUGUAUACAUGGCUCCGGAAGUAAUACGAAGUGAGCCAUAUACUGAGAAAUGUGAUGUUUAUAGCUUUGGAAUCAUACUAAAUGAGUUGAUCACUGGUGAACGUCCAUACAUAGAAGCUACAUUAAAGCCUAUUGAGAUUGCAGCUGGAGUUGAACAAGGAAAACUGAGGCCAAGGCUGACAGAAAACGAAGAGUUAGACACAACUGAGCUUACAGAGCUCAUAAAUUGCAUGUGGGAUGGAGAUGCUACUGCUAGACCAUCUUUCAGAACUAUCACUUGUAAUCUUAGAAAGAUUCAAGACAAGUUCUCUGGAUCUAUUUAGUUCUACUUGUUUUAACUAUUCUCUUAAAAACAAAAAUAAGAGAAGGGCAAAGAAAUUAAUAGCGUUUUAGUUUAGGUUUUUUUUUGCAAGAUGGGUUGAAUUUAUUUGUUACGUUUUUAAUUUAACAAUGUAGA